AGGUAAAAAAGGGCAAGGGUAGGGAGAGGGAAGGCGCAGGUGAACUAUGAUGCGCCGCUUACUGUCCAACGUGUCUUCUCUCUUCUUUGUUACCCUCUCAAAGGUCACCACAGCCUCCUCUCUCCUCCUUCUGUUUUCCCCAAAACAAAAAAAUUUGAUCAAAAAUUAAAAAAAGAAGGAGAAAUAAAAAACAUUCAGAGACUGAUAGAGAUAAAGAGAGAAGAAGAGGCGAACAAAAACGAAACCCCAAAUGAAGCAGCAGCAUCAGCAGAGCUCGUCGUCUGAGGCGGUAUCAUCGUCGUCGUUGUCGUCGUCCUCCGCAUCCACUUCCGUGGACCAAUCACAGCCCGCCACGUCGUCGCCGAAUUCGGGAGCCUCCGAUAAGCUUCCGUCGAUACCUGCGGCGGCGCCGGAGGACCUCGCCGUGGGGUCCAGGGAUGGUGGCGGGGCGCAGGAGAGCGUGACCGUCGAUCGGCGAGGCGAGUACUCUGCGGUUUGCCGAUGGACGGUCCAGAAUUUCCCGAGAAUCAAAGCUAGGGCACUGUGGAGCAAGUACUUCGAGGUGGGAGGAUACGAUUGCCGGUUGUUAAUAUACCCUAAGGGUGACUCGCAGGCUUUGCCGGGGUACAUCUCCAUAUACCUCCAAAUCAUGGAUCCUCGGGGCACCUCGUCGUCCAAAUGGGACUGUUUUGCGAGUUACCGGCUAGCCAUCGUCAACCUCGCGGAUGAUUCCAAGACCAUUCAUCGCGAUUCAUGGCAUCGGUUCUCGAGCAAGAAGAAAUCUCACGGUUGGUGCGAUUUCACGCCCUCUUCUACUGUGUUUGAUUCGAAAUUAGGUUAUUUGUUCAAUACCGACUCCGUUUUGAUUACCGCCGAUAUAUUGAUAUUGAAUGAGUCCGUUAAUUUCACGCGAGAUAGUAAUAAUAACAAUGAGCUGCAGUCGUCUGCGGGCUCGAUGAUGAUGUCCGGUUCAGUGGUUGCCGGACCGGUUUCUGAUGUGUUGAGUGGCAAGUUCACUUGGAAAGUGCAUAACUUCAGUCUGUUUAAGGAAAUGAUUAAGACUCAGAAGAUAAUGAGCCCGGUGUUUCCUGCUGGAGAGUGUAAUUUGAGGAUUAGUGUGUAUCAGAGCUCGGUGAAUGGUGUGGAGUAUUUGUCAAUGUGUUUGGAGAGUAAGGACACAGACAAGACGGUUGUGUUGUCUGAUAGGAGUUGUUGGUGUUUGUUUCGAAUGUCAGUGUUGAACCAGAAGCCGGGGUCAAAUCACAUGCAUAGGGACUCGUAUGGGAGGUUUGCUGCUGAUAAUAAAAGUGGGGAUAACACGAGUUUGGGGUGGAAUGAUUAUAUGAAGAUGUCAGAUUUUGUUGGGCUCGAGUCGGGAUUUUUGGUGGAUGAUACCGCGGUGUUUAGUACAUCCUUUCAUGUAAUAAAGGAGUUUAGUAGCUUUUCGAAGAAUGGGGGGUUGAUUGCAGGGAGGAGUGGUAGUGGGGCAAGGAAGUUGGAUGGUCACAUGGGGAAAUUCAAUUGGAGGAUUGAAAAUUUCACAAGGUUGAAGGAUCUUUUAAAGAAGAGGAAGAUAACGGGUCUUUGCAUCAAGAGCAGGAGGUUUCAGAUUGGGAAUCGGGACUGUCGGCUCAUUGUCUAUCCCCGAGGGCAGUCUCAGCCACCAUGCCACCUUUCAGUGUUCCUUGAAGUUACAGAUUCACGGAACACUUCCAGUGACUGGAGUUGUUUUGUGAGUCAUCGUUUAUCGGUUGUGAAUCAGAGGUUGGAGGAGAAGUCUGUCACAAAGGAGUCUCAGAACCGCUACUCCAAAGCUGCAAAGGAUUGGGGUUGGCGUGAAUUUGUGACACUUACUAGUCUAUUUGAUCAAGAUUCAGGGUUUCUUGUUCAGGACACUGUUGUAUUCUCUGCGGAGGUCCUCAUAUUGAAAGAGACGUCAAUUAUGCAGGAUUUAACUGAUCAGGAUACCGAGUCAAGCAAUUCUGGUUCCCAGAUGGAUAAGAAUGCGAAAAGAAGUUCAUUUACGUGGAAGGUGGAGAACUUCCUAUCUUUUAAGGAAAUAAUGGAGACCCGAAAAAUCUUUAGCAAAUUCUUUCAAGCUGGGGGAUGUGAGCUUCGAAUUGGUAAGCAUCAGUCGCACAUUUUCUUCACUAGAAGGGUGUUUCAAUUGUUUGCAUUUCUUAAUCUUACUGACAGUUUGUUUUUCCUUGAUGCAGGUGUCUAUGAGUCCUUUGACACUAUAUGCAUUUAUUUGGAGAGUGACCAGUCAGUUGGUAGUGAUCUGGAUAAAAACUUCUGGGUGAGAUACAGGAUGGCUGUUGUGAAUCAAAAGAACCCUGCCAAAACUGUGUGGAAGGAGUCUUCUAUAUGUACAAAGACUUGGAACAAUUCUGUUUUGCAAUUCAUGAAGGUUUCAGAUAUGUUGGAAGCAGAUGCAGGGUUUCUUGUUCGUGAUACUGUUGUUUUUGUUUGUGAAAUAUUAGACUGCUGUCCUUGGUUUGAGUUUUCAGACCUAGAGGUGUUCGCCUCAGAGGACGAUCAGGAUGCAUUAACAACAGAUCCUGAUGAGCUCAUUGAUUCUGAAGAUAGUGAAGGAAUAGGUGGCGAUGAAGAAGAUAUCUUCAGAAACCUGCUUUCUAGAGCUGGAUUUCACCUCACAUAUGGAGAUAAUCCUUCACAGCCACAGGUCACUUUACGAGAAAAGCUGCUGAUGGAUGCUGGCGCCAUUGCUGGUUUUCUGACUGGACUCCGUGUUUAUCUCGAUGACCCUGCUAAAGUAAAGCGCUUGCUACUUCCAACCAAGCUGUCUGGUAGCAGUGAUGGAAUGAAAGUCAUAAAGAAUGAUGAAUCUUCCCCUAGUUUGAUGAAUUUGUUAAUGGGAGUCAAAGUUCUGCAGCAGGCUAUUAUUGAUUUACUUUUGGACAUUAUGGUUGAGUGUUGCCAACCUACAGAAGCGAGUUCUAAUGGUGAUUUGUCUGAUACAAACUUAAAGUCUCCAGAUGGAAGUGGAGCUGCUAGUCCUCUGCAAUCGGAUAGAGAAAAUGGAGCUGCAGAAUCUGUGCAUUGUCCUGUAUAUGAGAGAUUGGAUACCAGUGUUGAUGAAACUAGCAGUAGUGCUUCGGCUGUUCAAAGCUCUGACAUGAAUGGGACUGGUAUACCUGCAAAACCUCAUCCUGGGCAUCCAAUUUCUCCCCCAGAAACAUCUGCCGGGGGUUCAGAGAAUGUGUCUCUUCGUUCUAAGACCAAGUGGCCAGAGCAAUCUGAGGAGCUCUUAGGAUUGAUUGUAAACUCACUAAGAGCUCUUGAUGGAGCUGUUCCACAAGGCUGCCCGGAACCAAGACGUAGACCUCAGUCUGCACAGAAGAUUUCUCUUGUACUGGAUAAAGCUCCUAAGCAUUUGCAGCCCGAUCUAGUUGCUUUGGUGCCUAAGUUGGUGGAGCACUCAGAGCAUCCACUUGCUGCUUUUGCACUUAUAGAACGACUUCAAAAGCCAGAUGCAGAGCCUGCAUUGCGGACACCUGUUUUUGGUGCUCUUAGUCAACUGGACUGUGGCAGUGAAGUUUGGGAACGAGUUUUAUCUCAAUCUCUUGAGUUUUUGUCAGAUUCAAAUGAUGAGCCGCUUGCUGCAACUAUAGAUUUUAUAUUUAAAGCUGCAUCCCAGUGCCAACACCUCCCUGAAGCGGUCAGAUCCGUUCGUGUUAGGCUAAAGAAUUUGGGUGUCGAUGUUUCUCCUUGUGUUCUUGAAUUUUUGAGUAGAACUGUAAAUAGCUGGGGAGAUGUUGCUGAAACCAUACUUAGAGAUAUUGAUUGUGAUGAUGAUAUGGGUGACAGUUGCUCAACAUUGCAUUCUGGUCUUUUCUUGUUUGGUGAACAUGGACCUAGUUCUGAACGGUUUCAUUUGGUGGAUGAGCAGGCUUUCCGUGCUAGUCGUCAUUUUUCUGACAUUUACAUCUUGAUUGAGAUGUUAUCUAUACCUUGUCUUGCUGUUGAAGCCUCUCAAACAUUUGAGAGAGCUGUAGCUCGUGGUGCCAUUGUGGCUCAUUCUGUGGCCAUGGUUUUAGAAAGGCGCCUUGCUCAAAGAUUGAAUCUUGAUGCUAGAUUUGUUGCAGAUAAUUUCCAGCAGCCAGAUGCUGUAGUGGAGGGAGAAGCCAAUGAACAGUUGAGAGUCCAACAGGACGAUUUUACUUCAGUUCUUGGCCUUGCUGAGACAUUGGCCCUUUCUAGAGAUCUUUGUGUUAAGGGAUUUGUGAAGAUGCUGUAUACAUUAUUAUUUAAAUGGUAUGCUGACGAGUCUUGUCGAGGGCGAAUGCUAAAGAGACUUGUUGACCGAGCUACUAGCACGACAGAUAGUAGCCGUGAAGUUGACCUAGAUUUAGAUAUAUUGGUGACUUUGGCUUCUGAGGAGCAAGAAAUUAUUAGACCAGUUUUGAGUAUGAUGCGGGAGGUUGCUGAACUUGCAAAUGUUGAUCGGGCUGCUCUUUGGCACCAGUUAUGUGCCAGUGAAGAUGAAAUUAUUCGCAUGCGUGAAGAAAGGAAAGCAGAAAAUGCUAAUAUGGUUAGGGAAAAAGCUGUUAUAUCGCAAAAACUGAGUGAAUCUGAGGCUACUAUCAAUCGUCUUAAGUCUGAAAUGAAGGCUGAUAUUGACCGCUUUGCUCGUGAAAAGAAGGAACUUUCCGAACAAAUACAAGAAGUUGAGAGUCAGCUUGAGUGGCAUCGCUCCGAGCGGGACGAUGAAAUCAGAAAGCUCACUACAGAUAGGAAAGUGCUUCAGGAUCGUCUUCAUGAUGCAGAGUCGCAAAUCUCUCAGUUGAAGUCCCGAAAACGUGAUGAAUUGAAGAAAGUGGUGAAGGAGAAAAAUGCUCUUGCUGAAAGGUUGAAGAGCGCUGAAGCUGCCCGUAAAAGAUUUGACGAAGAACUUAAACGGUAUGCCACAGAGAAUGUUACCCGAGAGGAAAUUCGGCAGUCUCUUGAGGAUGAAGUACGGCAGUUGACACAAACAGUGGGACAAACAGAAGGAGAGAAACGGGAGAAGGAAGAGCAAGUUGCUCGGUGUGAAGCCUAUAUCGAUGGGAUGGAAUCAAAAUUGCAGGCCUGCCAGCAAUAUAUUCACACCCUUGAGGCUUCACUUCAGGAAGAGAUGUCCCGGCAUGCUCCUCUGUAUGGGGCUGGUUUGGAAGCUCUAUCAAUGAAGGAGUUGGAGACGCUGUCACGCAUUCAUGAAGAAGGGCUCAGGCAGAUCCAUACCCUUCAGCAGCAGCGUAAAAGCAGUCCAGCGGGCAGUCCUCUCGUGAGCCCUCACGCCCUCCAACACAAUCAUGGGUUAUAUCCUGCGACACCGCCCCAAAUGGCCGUCGGAUUGCCUCCUUCACUCAUCCCAAAUGGUGUUGGGAUCCAUAGCAAUGGGCAUGUGAAUGGUGCUGUUGGACCCUGGUUCAACCAUUCUUAGAUCCUGGGGUCAUAGCUCUCUCCGUGCCGAUGCAGGCAUUUGUUCGCCCAAUUGAGUUGGGUGAAAUUGCUAUUUUUUUGAGUUACUUAUUGGCAUUUUGGCUGUUUGAGCUGUUGGAACCGAGUGGGAUAGAAAAAUAGAAAAAGAAAAAGAAAAAGGAAUAAGAUGAUGAAAGAUGCAAGGCGUAGGUAGGCUAUGAGGGAGUCCGAUAUAACUAACAGUAA